AUGAGUAUACGUUUGGAGUUUCACGAGACUUUGGUGGCCGCCAGGGCGAUCCGCAACAAGUUCCGAAGAGUUAUCAACAGCAUCAGAGAGAUGGAGACGGACCUCCUUCGGAAAGAGAACCUGCUUCUGAGAAGAGCCGAAUGGGUCCAAACAAUGAACAUUACCAUCAAACAGACAGAACCCAAAACCACCGAGCAGAUAAUGGAGUUGAUGUUCGUUACCUACCUCAUGGACCAUGUAGAAUGGGAAUGGGCUGCAAUUCAAAAGAGCAGAGGCUUCUACAAGGGCUUCAGCCGUCAUUUGGAAAGCCUCUUCCAGCAGACCCAAUGGGCAAAGAUGAACUUGAGCCCACAGGAUGACGUGGUUGACGCUGCGCAGGAUCGCCAAUCGAUCGAUGGGGAUGCUCAGAUAAGCGAUGGCAUGACGGAAGACAUGGAGGAUGACUCGGAGGAUGACUCGGAGAAUGACUCGGAUGAUGAAUCGGAAGAAGACACUGAAGAAGAAACGGACGAGGGAAUGGAGUAA